CACAGUGUCUUUAGGAGUUCAGUGUGCAGACUAAGGGGAAAGGCGACACAAUAUGCAGAGGCUGUGCUUUUCUUGAAGCUAAUUGUUGUCAAAAAUUGAGUUUUUGGGAGAAAAAUGUCUGUGAUGCAACAAUCAACGGCUCUGGAAAACAAAGAACUGAUGACUUUGUAUGGAGAGCGAAACCAUUACCAAGAUAAGGACUGUGAAGAGUGUGAUCUAGAUUCAGACUGCAGUGAGGAGGGAAAAGGCAACAAAGGGAUCCGUAGUUCUCUGUCCCUGGAAAUCUACGGGUUGCACAGAGAGCAGACGGAGCAUCAAGUUUACUUCACCAACCAGGAAUACUACAGGAGACUAGAGGAGCUCAAGAGCACUCACCUUAGGAACAUGGCUGAGCUGGAGAAGAUGUACAUCAGCCAGAGCAUGGAGAAACAUGGACGAGAAGACGACAGAAGAAGGAGGAGCACAGAGACUGGACAUUCAUUCAGUGAUGGUGGUCCUUCCAGAAGACUCCAGAGGAUCAACUCCCAGGAGGAGCUGGACCUCCAUGAGACAUCCAGCGGUUCAGACCAGUCAGAGCUCUGUGGAGAGGAAAGGGUGGAGGAACUGGAGAUGGACAAGCCACAAAGAAGUCAUGGUCAAGACUGCACUUUUGGAAGAAUGCUGCUAAGUCCAGAAGAAAUGACAAACCAGAAACAGUUUUGGUUCCAGCCUAAGACCCGAUGUCUAAAACCAGAGGGUGCACUGUCCCGUCCACAUGGGGUUAAAGUUAAAGCCAACUCUAAGGUGACAGUGCCCAAACCCUUUCAGAUGAUGCUGAGAGAGGAGGAAAGGAAGCGACACAAGGUGCGGACCCGGUCUGAGGUUGAGCUGGAGAACACCUUGCUGAAACAGGAGCUGGAAGAGCUCAGAGAAUGCCAGAAGCAGUUCAGAGCAUCACCUGCACCGGCACACAUCCACCUGCCCCUCUUUGACGUCAUCAGUCGUAGGUUCAGACAGCGCCCUAUUCAAAGCAAAGAAUACCACAAUAGAGGGAACGCUGGUAAACGGGACCCCAACAGCAGCCGGGCUUCACUCACUCGCUCACCACAACCCUUCCAUUUCCUAGAGCGAGAGAGGAGGAAGAGGGAGGCGAAAAUUGUAGCAGACCUGGAGAACCUGUACCCAAAAGAGGAGCCGUACACCUUCAGAGCGAGGCCCAUGCCCAGAUCAGUGUAUGGCCCCAGAUCCGUAGAAGACUUAAAGGCCUCAUGUGUACAGCUCCAGGAGAGGGAGGCCACAGAGGGUGAGAGUGAACCCAACUCUGACCUGGAGGCAGAAGUGUUCAAGCCAGACGCCACAGCCCCUGAGGGAAACCUUCAUGGGCCUUCAAGAUGUCCAUCCAGCAAAGCGGUGAAGAAACAGAUCGAGGUGUCCAUCGAAAUGGUACAAGACCGGGAGUGGGCUUACAUGGAAUCACCCAAAGCCCCCACCUGCAACCUCUGCUCAUCCCAGCAGAGGCCCUGCUGACCAAUAAGAAUGAAUACAUCAGUGUGUGAGACAAGUGAAAAAAAAAUUAAAACGCUGACAUCAGUCCUAAACUAAGCAUUUUCGACAGUACUGCAACUGUAUCUGGAUUUGACACCUUUCAUUUUCAGCAAGCAGCAUAGUAGUAGUAUGUACUAUGUAUUGUGUGUUGUGAUGUUCCCAAUAAAUUUGCCUUCUACUAUUAA